AGCAGUACCCUUGAACGUUUUGUCUACAAAAUUCUGUUAUUGAUCAUCCAUGUCCCAAGCAACGAAUCGGAAGCAUACGGACUUCGCUAGAUUGAUGCGAGCCGGCUAUGAAGUUGAUGUCGAUCCGGAGUCGAAGAACGUCACACAGGACUUCUCGGUGCUCUUUUACGCACCUGCCGAAUCGCCGUACAAGGGUGGGGUAUUCCGAAUACACGUAGAGUUACCGGAGCAGUACCCAUUUCAGAGUCCGAGUAUAGGUUUCAAGAACAGGAUUUACCACCCAAAUAUAGACGAGCGGAGCGGCUCGGUGUGCUUGGAUGUUAUAAAUCAAACCUGGACUCCCUUGUACUCUCUUGUCAACAUAUUCGACGUCUUCUUGCCACAAUUGUUAGCAUACCCAAACCCGUCGGAUCCAUUGAACCCGGAAGCGGCUGCCCUUAUGCUCAGAGAUAAGACGGCCUAUGACUACAAGUGCCAAGAGUACGUAAGAUUGUACGCGACAGCAGCUGCACUAGAAGCAGUCGUAGCUGCUGGUAAAGAGGAUGCCACUGCUGAUGACAUCAUGGAUGAUACUGCUGAGGUUGGGGGUUGCACUCCGCCCUUGAGGAUGGCCGCGGGGUCAUGCUGUAGUACAAUCUCCUCGUCAACGGCGGUCUCUAGUCCAUCAGCGCUCACCCCAAUAGUGCGGGAACGAGGAGCUGCUCAGAAAUGCUAUCCGGCGGCUCGAGAAUUCUGUGGAGGCCCUAAGACUAGCAGUAGGGACAUCGGUUCUGAAGUCGAUGAUGACGAUGACGUGCUGAGGGAUAUGACUGAUGACGAGAUGACGGGCAGUGAAUUAUCAGCUUUGGAACUUGACUGCGUGGAUGAGCUGGAUCUAGACGGUUUGUAGCCGUCGCUGGAUGCCACGGUAUACUUGCAUGCGUAUGUAGAAGCAUCUAUCCUGAAUUCUGUACUCUUGUUAUUAUCAUCGUUGCUGCUGCUGCUGCUCCUGCUGAGGCAGGGGAAAUUUGUCGUCAAGUGCGGGAUGUGCCGCACGGAAGGAGACCGUCAGCAAAUUCUGUUAUUGUUUGAACAUUUCUGAUGCACGAGGACCGCCUCUCCCCGGUGUGUGCUCAUCUCGUAUACGACGUGUAUAUUUAUUCAACCUCUUUUUGGGGUAACGCUGUAGUUGGUAUAUGUCAUUGUAGAAUUACUUUAUCCAAGUAACUAAGCGGUGUGCUAUUGUAAACGCUUGCGCUUGCAGUUGCCAAUGGCGUCAGGUGUACGCAACAUUGCAAAAUCGGUCCGUGGUCACUCUGCUAAUUCUUCUAUUGAUUCAUUAUCGCGUGGCGUGGCGAAAUCGAUGGGGAUUGAGGAGAGUUCUGAUUGUCAUUUUUUAUGAAUUUUUUAUCCCAAUACGAUUGGUUGCUGAGCGCAAUUUAUCAAAGUGUCGAUGCGUUGCUUGUAUGCGAAUUUCUGUACUUGCAUCUCCGUGAUUUCUUUCUUAUGCUGCUUGACUGCAGUCAGCUAUAUGUCACUAUGGCGCUAGAGGUGAGUUGAGGCUUCCUCCUGGUGAUGAUUUUGUGAUCGAAACAUUGUUGGAAUAUAUGUUUGCUUUCCUCAGCUGAGUUUUAGGUGUAACUGUACAGAAACCGAUGAGAAUUCCCUCGUUUUUCAUCGGAAUUUCCGCAAAUGUCAUCUACGCAUGUAGUUGACCAUGUGCAUAUUCUCCCACACCAGACUGAAAUAUCGUCAGUGUAACCAUCGCUAGUUGAGUUGACUUUCCCUCAGGCGCCUUGGUUGUGACCAGAUGUGUGACGA